AUGAAUCUCAUGAGUCGGCGAAGUGUCACGCGAUGUCAAGCCACUCCACAGACUGCACGGAGACGAAUCACGAGUACAGGACGAGCGAACCUUUGCCACAGAGAAACGGUACACUAUGCACACUACACCGUCAUAUGAUAGUGUGCAAUGCAAUGUUAGAAAGGGUCCUGGGUCUUCCAGGGGAUCUGCGUGCUCUGGUGGUGGAGCAGAUGCCCGCGUGUGGACUGCUGCUGUUGGAACGGCACAGCCGUUACUGCAAUGUGGAGAUAAACUUGGAGUCUGCCUGGGAACGUCUCGGCCACAAGCAUUUCUCCAAUCAAUUCUCAACGUGGUUGGCUGAAUCAGGCAG